AUGGAGUUGAUGAAUAAAGAAACAAGCUAUUGGAUGAUCGCACUACCUGCCGUUUUUGGAUCACAAAACCUACACGAUAUUUCCGUCCUUGGCUAUCUCCUCCUCGCCCUCGUCUCUCUCUCUUUACUCACGUGGGCUCUCGCCGGCGGCGGUGGCGGCGCAUGGAAAAACGGCCGUAACCGGGUGGGUCGGGUGGCGAUUCCGGGCCCUCGGGGCAUACCAGUACUCGGCAGUCUUUUUACUCUCAGCCGCGGCUUGGCUCAUCGGUCGUUAGCCGCCAUGGCUUGGAGCCGAGCCAACACCGAGAUUAUGGCUUUCAGUCUCGGCUCUACACCGGUGAUCGUAGCUUCUGAGCCGAACACGGCUCGCGAGAUUCUGAUGUCGCCUCACUUCGCGGACCGGCCGGUUAAGCAGUCGGCUAAGAGUCUCAUGUUUAGCCGCGCCAUAGGUUUCGCGCCGAACGGAGCAUACUGGCGCACGUUAAGAAAGAUCGCCUCGACUCACCUCUUCGCUCCCAAGCGUAUUUUAGCACACGAAGCUGGACGUCAGCUAGACUGCGCCGAAAUGGUGAAAGCUGUGUCAUCGGAGCAAAACGGCGCCGGAUCCGUCGUUUUGAGGAAACACUUGCAACUAACCGCCUUGAACAACAUCAUGGGGAGUGUUUUUGGCAAAAGAUACGAUCCUCUGACUCAGAAAGAGGAUCUUGAUGAGCUUACAUCAAUGGUUAAAGAAGGGUUCGAGCUCUUGGGUGCAUUUAAUUGGUCUGAUUAUCUUCCAUGGCUCGGUUAUUUCUACGACCCGAUUCGUUUAAACCAACGUUGCUCAGAUCUCGUUCCUCGAAUCAGAACAUUCGUCAAGAGAAUCAUCGACAAACACAGAUCUAGAGUCAUCAGUAACUCGGAGAAGACAAGAGACAUUGGAGACUUCGUUGAUGUCUUGUUGUCUUUAGACGGCGAUGAGAAGCUUCAAGAAGAUGACAUGAUCGCCGUUUUAUGGGAGAUGAUUUUUAGAGGGACAGAUACAACGGCGUUAUUAACGGAGUGGACCAUGGCUGAGCUAGUACUGAACCCUAACGUGCAAACCAAGCUAAGGAACGAGAUCGCAACGGCCGUGAGCGAUGGUGCUGACGUGGCAGAUGCUGACCUGGCGAGACUCCCGUACUUGAACGCCGUCGUGAAGGAAACUCUAAGGCUGCAUCCACCUGGACCACUUCUUUCGUGGGCCCGUCUAUCCACGUCAGACGUCCAGCUCAACAACGGCAUGGUGGUUCCAAAGGGAACUACCGCAAUGGUCAACAUGUGGGCCAUUACUCACGACCCGACGGUUUGGUCCGACCCAUUAAUCUUUGACCCGGAGAGGUUCACCGGGUCUGGUGACGUGGACAUUCGCGGUGGGGAUCUAAGGCUUGCGCCGUUCGGAGCCGGGAGGAGAGUUUGUCCGGGGAAGAACAUGGGUUUAGCGACUGUGACUCGGUGGGUGGCAGAAUUGGUUCGACGGUUCGAGUGGAGUCAGGACCAGAACGAGCCGGUUGAUCUUGGUGAGGUCUUGAAGCUUUCUUGUGAGAUGGAACAUCCGUUACGUGCCGUUGUAACGGAAAUAUUUUAA